AUGCCAUCCAGCAUGAAGGCCAAGCCAAUGAAGCCAUGUUUCACAGACAUCUCAAAAGCCAUGCAGGCAUCGACCAUGAAUACCUUGGUGUCCUUGUCAACCACAGUGUCCUUCCUCUAUGGCACUUUGGGUGGCCUGUACGAUUGUGUAAUGGAUGUCCAUCGCUUCAGUUUGCGCUUGUCUGCGAUGUUUUGUGAGACCAGCGCGGUCCUGAUCACAGUCCUCCUCGGUGGCCGUUUUCUGGAGACCUUCGCCAAGACACAAACCACCCGAGCUGUACAUGAGAUCUCUGCGAAAAGGCCCCACUUUGCACGCCUCCUAGAAGACCCUGAUGGCCCAGAGAGAAGCAUACACUACGACCUGAUCCAGAUCGGAGACUUUUUACGAGUGCUUCCUGGAGAGCAAGUGCCAGUCGAUGGCGAAGUCAUCACAGACGGCACUGCCUACUGCGACGAGUCACUGCUGACGGGAGAACCAGCAGCAGUGAGGAAGGAGAAAGGCAGCCAAGUGGUAGGCACGCCCGGGGAGGAUCUAUGGAAGAGCAGGAACAUCUUUCUUCCACCCGUUGGAGAUCCAUCUUAG